AUGUAUCCUGGACAACAAUAUAAACAACAAUUUCAGAAUCAGGGUUACCCUGGUUCGCAACAACAACAACAACCAUUACCACCAGUUUCAUAUGGUGGUUUUGCACCACCACCUUCACAACCGUCACCCGGGGGCUUUAUCGUUCCAGGUGGACCACCACCUCCAUACAGUGCGCCUCCACAGCAGCAAUACGGUGCUCCCACACAACAACAAUAUAUUGCUCCCCUACAACAGCAAUAUGCUGCUCCACCGCAGCAGCAAGGAUAUCCUGGCCAACAGAGUCAAACUUACGUUCCGCAACCAUAUCCACAACCUCCAAAUUCAAUCCAUAAUGCUGGACCACACCCUGUGCCUUAUGGACAACCACCUAGUCAGUACCCCCUUCCGGAGGGUAUUAUUUUAUACCAUAACCCCUAUGCACAGCAACCAGCUCCAGACUUUCAAUUAUCGAAUUGCACUGGUCGAAAACGUGCAUUACUGAUCGGAAUCAAUUAUUUUGGUACCAAUGCUGAAUUGAGAGGUUGUAUAAAUGAUGUCAAGAAUAUAAAAAACUUCAUCACCCAACAUUAUAAUUUCCGAGAGGAGGAUAUGGUAAUAUUGACCGAUGAUCAAAAGGACCCAAAAAUGAGACCGACACGAGCAAAUAUAAUCAAGGCAAUGCAUUGGCUGGUACAUGGUGCUCAACCAAAUGAUUCUGGACAUGGUGGGCGUGCAAAAGAUCUUAAUGGUGAUGAAGAUGAUGGUUACGAUGAAACAAUCUGUCCAUUAGAUUUUCAAGCUGCCGGUCAAAUUAUUGAUGAUGAAAUGCAUGAUAUUUUAGUCAAGCCUUUACCAGCAGGUGUUCGACUUACAGCAGUCUUUGAUUCUUGCCAUUCUGGCACGGCAUUAGAUUUACCAUACAUAUACUCGACAAAAGGUACCAUCAAAGAAACUAACUUAUUUUCAGAAGGAGGAAACACUCUUUUAAACGCUGGAAUGUCUUAUCUGCGUCGCGAUUACAAGAGUAUCGCCGAUAGUUUUAUGUCUUUUGGUAGGAAAGCAUUGAAGGGAAAUAAGAUUAACCAAAAAAAUAAGGAAACGAAAUCUAGUCUGGCAGAUGUGAUUAUGUUUAGCGGGUGUAAAGACAUUCAAACAUCAGCUGAUGCCAAUGAGGGAGGCGAAAAUACCGGUGCAAUGUCAUACGCACUCAUCACUUCACUUAAAAAGAAUCGAAAUGUUUCCUAUCAACAACUAUUAAAUUCGAUACGAGAAAUUCUCGCAUCAAAAUAUUCACAAAAACCUCAACUGAGCGCAUCUCAUCCGAUGGACAUGAACCUUAUGUUCAUGAUGUGA